AUGAGGGGCAGAUACAGGGAAAGGCAGGCUGUCCUGCAGAACCUGUUGAUGUGUAUGGUGUGUUUUUACUCACUCUACUAUAUUGUGGUCAGUGUCUGCAUCGGCGUUCUCAGGGUGGAGGAGGUGGACAGCUUGUUAGCACCAUUUGACUACACCACACAACCAUCAUGGCAAAGUCCCAAAUACUUAGUGAGUGUGAUCUCCACAGAGGUGACGUAUGUUCUGGGUGGUCUGGUGUUCGCGUGGAUCGUGGAGGAGUGGGUCUGGGAUUACGCCAUUACUGUCACACUGCUGCACGUCGCCCUCACAGUCGCAGUCAUGGCUGAUUUUCCCUCAACAGAGCACUGGUGGAUUGCUCUCGGCUCCGGGUUAUUGAUGAUGAUUUUUGGAGGGCAGCUUCUGGCUUACCGACUGUUCAGAAAUAAUUUUGUGCAUCCCACAGAUCUCCAGAACUUCUGACAUCUUCAAGAUAAACGCUCUCAGUUUUGUAUUCAUUCAGUUUUUUAUGUCGAGGUUUGAAAUGGU